GCGGUGGUGACAGGUUGCCCAGCUUCUAACAGCCAUCUUCACCAACACUAAGGUUAACUCGGAGUGCUCUAUGGACGGCUGCUCUCUCUUUCCAAGGGCGUGAAGAAUCUCCCUUUUCUCCCGUGUUUUCACUCGAAACUUCUCCUUGGAUAAUUGUCGUCUCGGAAGAAGCGAGCCUGGGUUGGACAUCCUCAUCUGGGUCACCUAAAAAAAAGCAAGCAUGCAAGACGACAGCAUAGAAGCAUCUACUUCCAUCUCUCAGCUUCUCAGAGAAAGCUAUCUGGCUGAAACCAGACAUCGCGGGGACAACGAGCGGAGUCGAGCGGAACCUUCCUCCAACCCUUUCCACUUUGGCAGUCCUUCCGGGGCUGCCGAAGGAGGAGGGCAAGAGGACCUUCCUGAUCUGUCUGCCUUCCUAAGCCAAGAAGAGCUGGAUGAGAGUGUCAAUCUGGCGAGGCUGGCCAUCAACCACGACCCUCUGGAGAGAGUGGAUGAAGCUCAAGCUAGGAAACGUCUGUCUUCUGAUAAGACAAAGCUUUCACCCAAACCAAGCUUCGAACCUGCCUUCUGCCAGGAUAGCCCUCGAGGUCCUGGCAGCUCAAAAGACAGUCCACCGGAGACAAAAAGACCACAGUACAGUUCUGAAAGCCAGUCCAAGAAAGUCUUCCUAAACAAGGCCGCCGACUUCAUUGAAGAGCUGUCCUCCCUUUUCAAGGCUCACAGCUCCAAGAGGAUCAGACCUCGGGCCUGCAAAAACCACAAGAGCAAACAGGAAUCUCAAAACAAAGUCCUGCAGGAAAACAGCCCCGCUUUCUCGGAUCUGACAGAGAGGCGGGAAAGAGCAUCGGUCCCCAUCGCUAUCCCUGCAGACAGCAGGGACAACGAGCUGAACCACGCGAUAGAACAGCGGGAAGCUAAGAGGCGGGAGGCUGAGUUGGCUGUGGGUGAGGCUACUGCUGGAGACAGCACCCCGGGGUCUUCACCUUCGUCCCUGUACUACGAAGAACCUCUGGGGCAGCCUCCCCGCUUCACACAAAAGUUACGGAGCCGAGAAGUUCCGGAAGGAAGCCGAGUCCAGUUGGAUUGCAUAGUGGUAGGAAUUCCACCGCCCCAAGUAAGGUGGUAUUGUGAAGGCAAGGAGCUCGAAAAUUCCCCAGACAUCCACAUCGUGCAGGCUGGAAACCUGCACUCGCUGACCAUCGCCGAAGCCUUUGAGGAGGACACAGGACGAUACUCGUGCUUUGCUUCCAACAUCUACGGAACAGACUCAACUUCUGCUGAGAUUUACAUAGAAGGAGUUUCUUCCUCUGACUCAGAAGGGGACCCUAACAAAGAAGAGAUGAAUCGAAUCCAGAAGCCAAAUGAAUUGUCAUCUCCUCCCACUACCUCUGCAGCCAUUCCUCCAGUAGCCCAAGGCCAGCCCAGAGUGUCCACCGUCCAGCAGUGUCAGAGUCCCACCAACUAUUUGCAAGGACUGGAUGGAAAGCCUAUCAUUGCGGCUCCCGUGUUUACAAAGAUCACGUGCAAGAGACACCUCACAGCCCUCACAAUAAAACAACCUCGGUCCAUGGCAGAGCCAGAGGAGAUCUGCACUUUAGUCAUUGCUGAGGUGUUUUCGGAAGAUUCCGGAUGCUUCACGUGCACCGCAAGCAACAAAUACGGCACCGUGUCCAGCAUCGCCCAGUUGGACGUGAGAGGAAAUGAAGACCUCAGCGAUAACGGGGCUCUUCACUCCACCAAUUCAACUACCACCCUGGCUGUGGCUGAGCAACAGCCCUCCCCACCCAACCCAGAGCCUCGUUCUGAGGAACAGCCCCCAAAGCCAAAGCUUGAAGGGGUCCUGGUGAACCAUAACGAGCCCCGCUCCAGCUCCAGGAUCGGGCUACGGGUGCACUUCAACCUGCCCGAAGAUGACAGAGACAGUGAGGCCUCCUCUGGCAGUGGAGCAGCCAAUGCCAGCCACACUAGGCCCAACUCCUUCCCUGAGAAGUUCAAUGGACAGGAAACCAGGACCCCAGAGCCUUCCUCACCUGUCAAAGAGCCCCCUCCAGUCCUGGCUAAACCCAAACUUGACUCCACCCAGUUACAGCAGCUUCAUCACCAAGUGUUACUGGAACAGCAGCAGCUGCAAAAUGCAUCUCCUUCAUCACCCAAGGAGUCCACUUUCAACUUCAGCGCCUUGAACUCGGCUCCCCCGGCUCCCCCUGCAGUGACCAUUUCCAGCAAGCAGGUGAAGGGUCCUGCACCACAGACGUUCAGCUUGGCCCGGCCAAAGCAUUUCUUCCCCUCUGCAAGCACUUCCACGGCAGCCGUGUCCCCAUCCAGCUCCCCAGUCUUCACCCUGAGUAACACUCCUCAGACAAUCCAGAGGACGGUCAGCAAAGAAAGCCUCUUACUGUCUCACCCCUCUACACAAGGAAGAUCUCCAGGGGGGCUCUCCAUCCAAAAUGAGCCAGCUCCUCCUGGCCCAGCAGAGCCGGCAGCGCCGCCGCCACCACCGCUCACGUAUCCCAUCCCCAGUGGAAACCAGUUUCAGCCUCACUGUGUGUCCCCAACUCCUGUCUCUCCUACCGGUCGGAUUCAGAACCCAGUGGCUUUCCUCAGCUCUGUCCUGCCUUCUCUCCCAUCCAUUCCACCCACCAAUGCCAUGGGGCUGCCUAAAAGCGCACCAUCUGUACCGCCCCAGGGCCUGAUGAAGAAAACCGCAAAGGCUUCCCCGGCAAUGAGUGACGAUUACAUCCUGGAGACUAAGAACUCAGUGAUUCUAGACUUGGGGAAGAAAGUGAAUUUUGGAGAUCUCAGAUCACACCAGCAGGAGUAUAAAAUUUCGAGCUUUGAGCAGAGGCUGAUGAAUGAGAUAGAGUUCCGCUUGGAGCGCACGCCCGUGGACGAAUCAGAUGACGAGAUCCAGCAUGAUGAAAUCCCCACGGGCAAGUGCAUCGCACCCGUCUUUGACAAAAGACUCAAGCACUUCCGGGUGAUGGAAGGCUCUCCGGUCACCUUCACCUGCAAAAUUGUCGGGAUCCCGGUUCCAAAGGUUUAUUGGUUCAAAGAUGGGAAACAGAUCUCUAAGAGAAGUGAGCACUGCAGAAUGAGGCGAGAAGGGGACGGGACCUGCUCCCUGCACAUCGAAUCCACCAACGGUGACGAUGACGGCAACUACACCAUCAUGGCGGCCAACCCCCAGGGGAGAAUCAGCUGUUCUGGCCACUUGAUGGUACAGAGUUUGCCCAUUCGAAACAGACUCAGCCCUGCUGGUCAGUCUCACAGGGGAAGAGCCAGAAUGCAAGAGAGAGACAAGGAGCCUCUACAGGAGCGCUUUUUCCGGCCACAUUUCCUGCAGGCCCCAGGGGACAUGGUGGCUCACGAGGGCCGUCUCUGCCGGCUGGACUGUAAGGUGAGUGGCUUACCGCCCCCAGAGCUGACGUGGCUGCUCAAUGGGCGCCCCGUGCUACCAGAUGCCUCCCACAAGAUGCUGGUCAGAGAGACGGGGGUCCACUCUCUGCUCAUCGACCCGCUCACGCAACGCGACGCAGGGACCUAUACGUGCGUGGCUACCAACAAAACCGGGCAGAAUUCCUUUAGUUUGGAGCUCACCGUAGUAGCCAAAGAGGUGAAGAAAGCACCCAUGAUCCUGGAGAAACUCCAAAACAGUGGUGUUCCCGAGGGCCACCCGGUGAGACUGGAGUGUCGUGUGGUAGGCAUGCCCCCACCCGUGUUCUACUGGAAGAAAGACAACGAGACCAUCCCUUUCAGUAGAGAGAGGAUCAGCAUGCACCAGGACACAACGGGCUAUGUCUGCCUCCUCAUCCAGCCAGCCAAGAAAUCUGACGCCGGCUGGUAUACCCUGUCAGCCAAGAAUGAAGCUGGCAUUGUGUCCUGCACAGCUAGGUUGGAUAUAUAUGCUCAGUGGCACCAGCAAAUCCCGCCACCCAUGUCCAUCCGUCCCAGUGGCAGCCGCUAUGGGUCUCUCAGCAGCAAAGGACUGGACAUCUUCUCUGCCUUCUCCUCCAUGGAAAGCACGAUGGUGUACUCCUGCACUUCUCGGAGUGUGGUGGAGAGCGAUGAACUUUAAGGAUUAUCUCCGUGCCUGCUGUGUGAGGAGGGUGGACUGUGGAGGGGAAGGAAGACCGGUCAUACGCAGUGGCUUCCAAACAGCCACAUUUGAGUGAGUUCCCAUCCUGCUGGACCCAUGCCAGGAAGUGUUUUAAGUAAGUUGGCCAAGGCUUUUUGAGCCUUGGUUGAGGGAGUUUAGGGAUGUGCAUCUUAGAGAUGCAAGUAGACAAUUCUCACAAACCAAAGAUACCAUACCACUGCCACCGCAGCCUGAGGGAGGGGGAAGGGAGUGUGCCUCCCCACGCCGCGUGUAAGGGACAUUAGGCCCAACUAGGAGCAAUUAGGAGCCAUAGCCAGGGCUGAGAGAAGUUAGUGACUUUAGAAUAGAUGCAAAAGAGAAAGCUGGGGAGCCCAUCACCUUUCAUGGAUUACACCCACAGCAGUCAUCUUGGUGGAUUCGCUAGAUGAGUUCCCACUUAACAUUAGAGGAUCUUGCCAUGCACCUCUCUGCCCAAGUGGUAAGACUCUUCACUUGCAUAUCCUGCCUGUGCAGUCACAUGAGAAGCCAAAACAUGCCUGAGAUCUAAAAGCAAAAAACAAACAAAACCAACCAGGACACUCAAGAUUUCACAGUGCACUCAUUACAUGGCUCCCACCAGCCUGUCUGCACCAUUUUAGGCAGACCCACACCCACACCCAGUGCCUAGAUUGGCACCGGGCACAACAGAGACUUCAACAGACAUCUGCUGGGGAUGGCGUACUCAGCUCUCUACCAUUCUAAGGCCAAUCCAAACAUGGCCCCGAGAGUGUCUGUCACGG